AUGCUUGUCCACUUGGAAGAGCGGGCGGGUGCUGAGACGGGCGCAAGAGCGCUGAGUGAGAGGCGCCUUCCUCCAAGAGCGCAGCGCUCAAAAGUCGGUCUUCAGCAGUCCAUGCGCGAUAUAUAUGUAUAUAUAUGGUGUGUGGAUGGAUCUAAAUCUUUUUGA